AUGCACGCCGUCGCCGCUCCUUGUCUCGAACCUCGGCCUCUGGCAUUGCUGCCCGCCGCUCGUGCGUCGUGCGUGCCUUGCCCUGCCUCGCCUGCCUCGCCUGCCUCAGCGACUGCCCGUGGCGCCUGGUCCAGACCUAAGCGCCGCCGCCUCGUCUCGACUCCUCCUCCCUCAACCUCCAUCUCCAUCUCCUCGGCCCAACCCCAAAACACGCAAGCCUCCCAAGCCGCCGUCUCUCCACCUCGCUACCCUAAACCUCGCCUGCGCAGCUGGACGCCGUUCCUGCACUUGGUUCUCCGCCUCGCCUAA